AUGGCCGCCCCCCAACCUCAACGAAGCCGUGGCUUCAGCGUCAAAUCUGACAAGUCCCUGUCAAAAGAAUCGGGCACCUCCAGCCAUAAACGUGGUCCCUCUGAAUCUUCCCAAGAGAAAGCCCGUCGCAAUUUACACACCAAAGCCGAUCCUCUCAUCGCCAUGAACGAAAUCCAGCCCAGUAUGAUGGCCCUGGAGAAGUCCAAUCUGGGCUCCCUCCGCGAGAUGGAACACAAGGAUCAAUUCGGGAAUGUUAUCACCGAUCCCGACUUGUCAAACCCCACCCGUCCACGUUUCGAGCGACCGUUAGAUACAAUCCGAUCAUUUGAGGCGGCCAUUUACGGCAGCAGUCGCGCGGCAUACGCCAGAACAGAAGAUGCAGGAUCACAAAUGGGCGAUUUCAGCCGACGAACAAGCUACUACGGAGGCCAAACCAACCAUCGCCUCGACCAACAAAACCCCUACAACUCCCAAUCCCGCCCAGACAGCGUCAUAAACGCCUACCAAAACACCCCCCAAGGCCCCGAAAACCCAUACCCAUACAACAACGGCAACAACCGCUCUUCCCGACGACCCCAGUACCCACGCGGCGCCUCAGUUUCCACAGCCGCCUCCCCAAUCUCCCAAGACCCACAUUACGGGAACAUCGCAAACACAAUGCACAACAACAACAACAACCAAUAUGGCUACCCGCAACAAGGCAACGGCUACCAACGCUCCUACGAUAACGUCACCGCGCUCUCAGGCUCCGGGUCUGGAAACACAGACCCGUACCAGACAACAGACCCCAGUUCAUUGAACAGCUCGAAUGACCAGCUCCAGCAGCAAGUCCUGCACCAGCAGCGUAUGGACGAGCGCGCGCAGGCUGAGUAUGGCUUUAAUGGGUUUGGCAGUGGCCCUCAUCUCAAGGGUUCGCAGCAGGCUCAGCCGGUUGGGGAUCCGAAUUGGGGUGGGCCUGUUGGCGGACGACCUGCUCCUGCGCCUCCAGCUCAUUCUCCUCUGGCUAGUGGGGGUGGAUCUGGGGUGCUGCAAAAGAAGGAGAGUCAGUCUGGUGGGGAUAAGAGGAAGAGUUGGUUUAAGCGUCGUUUUAGCAAGGAUUGA